AUGAAGCCAGAAAACGUAGCGCGCCAUGAGAUGGAGGAGUGGAAGGCGAUGGUUAUUGUGGCCCGAAUCCUGAGUCCAACCUACCAGUCGAUGAUUCGUGGCGCGGGCUCUGCGUAUGACACUUGGGAAAUGCUGCGUGCUUUCUUUGUAAAGCAGUCACUUCAUAAACGUGCGCAAUUGAGGAAAGAGCUGCAUGUAUUUUCGCUAGGCACGGGAGGAGACCUGAUGAAGUACAUCAUGACGCUUGAUGAUCUGAGUUCGAGAAUGACUGCGAUAGGAGAGGUCGCGCCUGAGGACGAAAAACUCGUCGUUUCACCUGGAAGUUUAUCCCAGGAGUAUGAUGCAAUAAUACGUAUUAUCGAGGCUCACGAGACGGUGACGUUGCUGGACACAAAAGAGAUGCUGUGCCGUGAGUUCGAAUUGGCUAAGAAGAAGCAAGCAUUCAAGGCCUCAAUGCUCGAGCAAGGGGUCAAGGUGGCCGUGGAGCUCGUGGAGGCUACAUUGGUCGUCGUGGACAGCACCAGAAGAAGUCUGGGCCAACAUUUCGUGGGUAUUGCUAUCACUGCAAUGAGUGCGGUCAAAAGCGUGACGACUGUCCUGAAAUAUUAG